GAGAAUUCAAUUAAGCGUCCUUUGGAGAUGGCGUCCAUGGCGACCGGUGUCAGUUUUUCGAUGACUAGCGGAAUAGGAGGAGGAAGAGACGAUGUUGAACGAGUAGCGACGGCCGUACGGACGACGCUGAAGCUGAAUCAGAAGAACUCACUGAGCGAGAGUACAUGCAGUUUUUCGGUGAUGAACAAGUAUCGGGGAUCCGGAGCUAUACGAACCGUAUCGAAGGCCGUCGUUGAGGGAGAUGAGAUGAGUAAGAAUCUAAAAGUGGGACUCAUUUGCGGAGGUCCGUCAGCGGAGCGCGGGAUUUCUCUCAACUCUGCUAGAUCAGUUCUCGAUCAUAUUCAGGGUGAUGGUAUAAGCGUGAGCUGCUAUUAUAUAGAUCCUGAUCUCAAAGCCUUUGCAAUUUCCUCCGCUCAGGUGUACUCGAAUACUCCUGCAGAUUUCGAUUUCAAGCUGGAGAGUCUUGCACAGGGAUUCUCUUCAUUAUCCGAAUUUGCCGAGCAUCUUGUUUCUGCUGUGGACAUUGUUUUUCCAGUAAUUCAUGGUCGAUUUGGUGAAGAUGGGGGCAUUCAGGAGCUGUUGGAAAGUCACAACAUUCCAUUUGUGGGGACUGGAUCUCGUGAAUGCAUUCGAGCAUUUGACAAGUAUGAAGCCUCUUUAGAGCUCAAGGAACUUGGUUUCAUGACAGUACCAAACUACUUGGUGCAGGGAACUGGAGUAGACAAAAGUGAAAUAGCACAGUGGUUUACAGAUAACCGGCUGGAUCUCGAGAUGGGAAAAGUCGUGGUAAAACCAGCUAAAGCAGGUUCAAGCAUCGGUGUCAAGGUUGCUUUUGGCGUAAAUGAUUCAAUUAAAAAGGCUAUUGAACUUAUUGUAGAGGGAAUUGAUGAUAGAGUUGUUGUGGAGGUGUUUAUUGAAGAUGCAUAUGAGUUCACUGCCAUCGUCCUUGAUGUGGGUUCUGGUUCUGUUUGCCAUCCUGUUGUUUUGAUGCCUACUGAGGUGCAACUUCAGUUUCAUGGCAGUGGUGAUCUACAAGAAAACGCAAUCUUCGACUAUCGGAGGAAGUAUCUGCCGACACAACAGGUCACCUAUCACACUCCUCCCCGUUUCCCUAUCCAUGUUAUCAAAAGUAUUCGUGAAGAGGCAUCUCUUAUAUUUAAAAAGCUUGGUUUACGUGACUUUGCUCGCAUUGAUGGAUGGUAUUUGGCUCCCAAUUCAAAUUUAUCAUCUGCAAGUGAAAAGCUUGGAGGACCCGAGUCAGGAGAUAUCAUAUUCACAGACAUCAACCUGAUAAGUGGCAUGGAGCAAACUAGCUUUCUCUUCCAGCAGGCUUCUAAGGUUGGAUUUUCUCAUUCAAACAUUCUGCGAACAGUUGUCCACCGUGCUUGCUCGAGGUUUCCCCAUCUUACUUGGUAUAAUUAUGGGUAUAGUCUAUUACUCCAAGGUUCAACAACCCAGGAAGUCUCUGAGGACGUCCAGAAAGUGUUUGUCAUAUUUGGAGGAGAUACUUCAGAGCGGCAAGUGUCCGUCAUGAGUGGAACAAAUGUCUGGAUCAAUUUGCAAAGAUUUGUAGAUCUCAAUGUAACUCCCUGUUUGCUUUCCCCCUCACUUAGAAACUCAUCUGGCGCAUCUUCGAACUUGGACAACAGAGAAGUCUGGGUUUUGCCCUACUCGGUUGUGCUAAGGCACACUGCUGAGGAAGUUCUUGCAGCGUGCUUAGAAGCAGUCGAGCCUGAUCGGGCUUUAUUUACAUCUCUCCUGCAGAAGCAAGUGAUGGAGGAUCUUAUGGAUGGUUUGAAGAAUCAAAGCUGGUUUGCAGGGUUUGAUAUAACAGACGAGCUGCCCAGAAAUUUCUCAUUGAAAGAGUGGAUCAAGCAUGCCAGGGAAGCUCAAGCAACUGUCUUCAUUGCAGUGCAUGGAGGAAUUGGGGAAGAUGGUACACUGCAGGCCUUGCUGGAGGAUGAAGGAGUUUCUUAUACAGGUCCAGGCGUACUAGCAUCAAGGACUUGCAUGGACAAGGUUAUGACAUCUCAGGCUCUUAGUCAUCUUUCAGAGUUUGGAAUUCAUACCAUAAGCAAAGAUGUGAGGAGAACAGAGGAUAUAAUGCAUGAGACCAUCCCAAAUGUUUGGGAUGAAUUGAUCAGUAAGUUUCAGUGUCUCACACUAUGUGUUAAACCAGCAAAGGAUGGAUGUUCCACUGGCGUUGCAAGAUUAUGUUCCUCUGAAGACCUAGCUGUAUAUGUACAAGCUUUGAAAGAUUGUCUACUAAGGAUUCCUCCAAAUACUCUUUCCAAGACACAUGGAACGAUUGAGAUGCCAAAUCCUACUCCAGAGUUCUUGAUUUUUGAACCAUUUGUUGAAACCGAUGAAAUCAUAGUUUCAUCCAAAGCCAAGCAGCAGCUCUCUUGGAAAGGUAGGAGGCGGUGGGUAGAGAUGACUGUGGGUGUAAUCGGAAAGUGUGGGUCAAUGCAUUCGCUGAGUCCUAGUCUUACUGUCAAGGAAAGUGGGGAUAUAUUGUCUCUCGAGGAGAAGUUCCAAGGCGGCACUGGCAUAAAUCUUACUCCACCUCCACCAACAAUCAUGAGUAAGGAAGCUUUGGAGAGAUGCAAACAAGGCAUUGAGCUGAUUGCAGAAACUCUCGGGUUAGAAGGGUUUUCACGGAUCGAUGCUUUUGUGCACGUUGAAACCGGAGAGGUGCUGGUUAUAGAGGUAAACACAGUUCCUGGAAUGACUCCUUCCACUGUUUUAAUCCAACAGGCAUUAGCAGAGCAGCCGCCAAUGUACCCUCCUCAAUUCUUUCGCACUCUGCUCCAUCUUGCUACACAGAGAGUCAUAGCCUCGAAUCUUAAGCUCGGGAUUAAUCUUCAUUCUCUUGUGGUAAAAUGUGGGUUUAAUCACGAUGUGGCCGCUAUGACGAGCCUCCUCUCUAUCUACUCUGGAUCCGGGCGUUUGAAUGAUGCCCACAAAGUGUUCGAGGAAAUUCCUGACAGAAGCGUUGUAACUUGGACGGCUUUGUUUAGUGGGUAUACGACUGCCGGAAAGCACAGGGAAGCCAUUGGUUUGUUUAAGAAGAUGGUGGAGAUGGGUGUGAGACCGGAUAGCUACUUUAUUGUUCAGGUUUUAUCUGCUUGUGUUCAUGUAGGGGAUCUCGACAGCGGGGAGUGGAUAGUUAAGCACAUGGAAGAGAUGGAGAUGCAGAAGAAUUCCUUUGUGCGCACAACACUUGUCAAUCUCUAUGCCAAGUGUGGGAAGAUGGAGAAAGCCCGUUCUGUUUUCGACUCGAUGGUGGAGAGAGAUAUAGUUACUUGGAGCACUAUGAUUCAAGGGUAUGCGUCGAACAGCUUCCCGAAAGAAGGAAGAGAGUUAUUUCUUCAGAUGUUGCAGGAAAAUCUGAAACCGGACCAGUUUUCCAUUGUCGGGUUUCUUUCUUCUUGUGCAAGCUUAGGAGCGCUUGAUCUAGGUGAAUGGGGAAUUAGUUUAAUAGAUAGGCAUGAGUUUUUGACCAAUCUGUUUAUGGCCAAUGCGCUGAUCGACAUGUAUGCGAAAUGUGGGGCUAUGGCUCGAGGUUUUGAAGUAUUCAAAGAAAUGAAGGAGAAAGAUAUAGUUAUCAUGAAUGCUGCAAUUUCUGGUCUGGCCAAGAAUGGCCACGUUAAGCUCUCAUUUGCGGUUUUUGGACAAACAGAGAAGUUAGGUAUCUCACCUGAUGGGUCCACGUUCCUUGGACUGCUCUGUGGUUGCGUUCACGCAGGCCUAAUCCAAGACGGGCUUCGGUUUUUCAACGCCAUAAGCUGUGUUUACGCUUUGAAACGCACGGUUGAGCACUAUGGUUGCAUGGUAGAUCUUUGGGGCAGAGCAGGAAUGUUAGAUGACGCAUACCGUUUGAUCUGCGAUAUGCCCAUGAGGCCAAAUGCGAUAGUCUGGGGAGCGUUACUGAGCGGAUGCAGACUGGUCAAAGAUACGCAGUUAGCAGAAACUGUUCUCAAAGAACUCAUCGCUUUGGAGCCAUGGAAUGCAGGAAACUAUGUUCAGUUAUCCAACAUAUACUCUGUCAGUGGCAGAUGGGACGAAGCGGCUGAAGUGAGGGACAUGAUGAACAGGAAAGGUAUGAAGAAGAUCCCGGGAUAUAGUUGGAUCGAGUUGGAAGGGACGGUCCAUGAGUUUCUAGCAGAUGAUAAAUCGCAUCCUCUUAGCGACAAGAUAUAUGCAAAGCUAGAAGAUUUGGGUAAUGAAAUGAGGCUUAUGGGUUUUGUUCCAACGACAGAAUUUGUUUUCUUUGAUGUUGAAGAUGAAGAAAAAGAAAGGGUCUUGGGGCAUCACAGCGAGAAGCUUGCGGUUGCGUUUGGGCUGAUCAGCACGGAUCAUGGCCAAGUGAUUCGGGUGGUGAAGAAUCUAAGGGUAUGUGGGGAUUGUCAUGAAGUGAUGAAGUUGAUAUCGAAGAUCACAAGACGAGAGAUCGUUGUUAGAGACAACAAUAGGUUUCAUUGUUUUACAAACGGCUCUUGUUCUUGCAAUGACUACUGGUGAGCUCACUAUGGUUAAAAAAACAGCAGAAAGUAAUUUGUAUUUUUUGGAAGAAAGAACAUAUUUUUGGAGUUCAUGGUUUUUAAGAAAAGUUGGCAGAGACU